CUGUGUCCUUAAGCCUGUACAAUUACUACGAGGUUACAAACUUCUGCCAGCUAAAGCAAUGGAGGGCAACCGAGUCAAAAUGCCUGUAUAACAUUAGAAGAGAACUAAGAUGCCUGGUUUAGUGUCAUGCCCUGGUGGUCUAAUAGUCAUUGGGAUCCUUACUCUGUUCUUCGUUCACAUCAACUCAGAGAUAUGGAGCAAUGAAGUUUCAGACAUCCAGUUCGGCAGCCUGGGCUCCAACGUCACGCUGAUUUGCGGAGGCGUUCAACACGGCAGGUCUCUGGUGCACUGGCGGCAGAAUGGCAGCUCAGUGCGCUUCAGGCAGCCACACACCUCCAGCAGCACCCUUGUUCUACUCAACACUACACACUCCAUGGAGGGCAAUUACAGCUGCCACAACCAGAGAGGCGUCCUCCUGCAGACCAUCAGACUCCGCCUAGGCUAUCCUCCUGGUUAUCUCGGUGUUUCCUGCCAAGUGCCAAAUCACUUUAAAAUCCAGUGCUCAUGGACGCAGAGGGUGACAACAUACUUGCCCACCAAGUACAUCGCCUCUUACAGCAUGAAUGACGAAAGGCCGCAGCCCUGUGAGCAGGAGCUUAUUGAUGUAAAUAAGUGCACCAUCAGCAAUCCGGAGUUUUGGAAGCCCAAGUACCUUGUGAACAUCACAGAGGUUAAUCCCCUGGGCUCCAAUUCCACCAUCACCUUUGUGGAUCUCGCAAAGACCUUAAAGCCCGAUGCUCCUGACGCAGUGACCUGUGUGGAAGUGAACGGUAAGCCCACGCAGCUGCUGGUGCAGUGGGAUCUCCCAAAGUCCUGGCCGGCUAACCCGGCCGCAUUUCCCCUGAAGUUCGAGGUGCAGUACAGGCCAGUGGGAUCUAACCUCUGGUCCAAGCUGGAGACGGAAAUCACCGGUGCGAUGAUCAUGGACGCACUGGUGGGCCACCUGCACCACAUCCGAGUUCGAGCCCAGGACGCGUUCAUAAACCACAGUCAAUGGAGCGAGUGGAGUCAGGUGGUACAGGCCCGACCCUGGAGCGAUCCUUCAUUGAAUACUGAAGAGACCACAGAAGAAUUUUAUGAGAGCCCAAUCUUCCCAUCCACGUUUCCAGUGAAGGCAACAGAAAAGUCUCCAGACUCGUCGUUUGAUGAAAACGGAAGUAUGAGUUUGUUGAUUGCUCUUGGCCUGUUCGCAGCAGUAAUGGUUGCAGUGGUAUCCGCUAUCACGAUCCUUUUAUGGGUAAGGAACAGAAGGCGGGACAAUGUAACAAAGCAGGAACUGACCUCCAUGGUGAAGAUGAAGUCCUUGCCUAUCUAAAAUUUUCAGGUUGGCCCUCUGCUCUUUUAGCCCUCAUAGGGCUUCAUCAUAGGGAAUCAUCACCACUGCCACUGCAGCGUGAACAGACUACAAUACCUACGAUUCCAGCAUUCUCCUGUCGCUGCUUAGGGGAUUGGCUCCUUUCAGCGGAGUUUUGAGUCCCGUGAACUGUGAACCCUUUCAAUUCUGCAAUGUAGCACAACCUAACAGAGAACUCAGACUUACUGGCUUUCAUUCUUUGACACGCAAAGCAGAUUUGCCAGCUUUGGACCACAAAAACCAGCGUAUUUCAAACCGAACAUGUUUUCAAUUCUCUGACGGCUUCAGCUUUUCCAUGCAGACUUGUGCCAUUUGGCUGCGGUGACACUUGGAAUGCUGUGAAAAAAAAGCAUGGCUGUUAGCCAAUCGUGGGCCGCGCAUUGGGCAUUAUAGAUAAAGUUGGCAUUUUCCACGUUUCAAUGCAAGGAAAGGGACUUGGUGAACAGUUGCUUAUUCCCCAACCUGAACAUAGCUGCUAAACGUGGACGAGAAAAAAUUAGCCAGCCAUUUGGACACUUUACUGAUGGAAGCUGAGCAUUUUCAGGAGAAUUUUUUUUUUCGUUCACAUUGAGGUGAUGAUUACUUCAUUGCUUCAUUUCUUUGACCUUUGAAGGGUUCUCCUCACGUAAAGCCUCAACUCAUUUUAAACCAGGUGGACACAUCUGUAAACAAUCUUUUCAUUGGGCUUGUUUUAAACCAUAAGUUGCCUUUAAAACUGAAUGACAUCAUAAGUAAUCUCUCUUAAAAAUGCAUUAUCUUUUAUUUUAGUGUCUGUUGCAAGACCAACAAUAAUUACCUUAUAGGCCUCAUGACAGUAAGUUGGCAUUUUGCAGACCACCCCGCCCCCAAACAAAUAAAAUAGAAAAAAGGAAAAAAAAGUAACUGGUGCUCUGAAAGGAUGCAGUUCGUAAUGUCCAUUUCCCUCAAGAGACAGAAGUGUCAUAGAACGAGGCAUUCACAGAGCUUUGAAACAGAAAGUGAAUGUAAUUGCUUGGUCUUACAUUAGAAACACAUGUAAGGCAGAGUUAAAGCCCCUCUCAGGACUUACCACAGCCAUAGCAGGACUAGCACUGAGUAUAGUAAUAGAGAGCUUGGUAAGCGUUCUUAACGUACAUACUGUAUCUUUUAGUAGAUCGACUGAUCACUGUAUUAUUCAUUCAUAUUUCACCUUUGUCCUUGUCUGAUUGCUGCUGAUCAUGUGGUUGAGUGGAGACUGAUUUGCAUUGAAUAUACAAAGCAUUAUAUCACGGAAAUUCCUGUUAGUCUCCAAAUGACUUCAUCCAUUAUUUGAGUUCCACUGAUCAGUAAGCACCAGAGGUAUGUAAAGUACAGUACAAACGUCAGAGACCACUCGGGAUUUAUUUAAUAUCCUUUAAGUACACGUUAUUCAUUUUCAGCAUCAGGAAAAAUGUUAAUGUUUGUCAGUAUGUAGUGUGCCCGCUCUUUACCUACCUUCUUUACUUAAACACAGCUACCAUUAUUUUUAAGAGACUUGCAUUUUCUGCUUCUCACAGUCCAAGUAGACUCAUCAGUCCAUAAAACCUCACUCCACAUCUCACAUGUCCAAUUUCAGUGUUUUGCUAUAAAAGUUCUUCUUUUUUGUCUGUUUCCUUUUCUCAGUAAGGUCUUCUUAACAGCUACACAUCCUUUCAGACUCAUAGUGUUGAGGUGUCAUCUCACGGUGGAAGGAUUAACAGAAACAUGGAUUUUCUCUCAAAGUUAAAAGCUUUGAGUGCUGUCUGUCUGAUAAGGACAGUUUUGGAGGUCUAGGAGGUCUUACAUGGUUGUUGGGUGUCUCAUUUUUUCCACAUCUUUAAAUCAUUUUUUUAAACUCCAGUUAUGGAGAGCAUAAUUUUUCACUUGCUUUUCUGUGAUUUUCCCUUCCUUAUGGAAGUGGACUGUCCUAUCUAAUCCCAUUAGAAAUAUUGUCUGAAAAAUCAAAAGGAAUUUAAUGAAAGGUGGUCUCUGACUUUUGUGCAGUACUGUACAUAAUUGUGUAGGGAAGCUUUCCAGUGCCAGCUUCAAAUGAUAAACAAAUAGACCCUUGCAGCUACUGCUUACGAUUUGAGUCUGCGUUAUUCUGAUUUGCCCAAAUCCCUGAAAGGUCUAAACCUGUAGCAAUUCCUGAUUGGGUCUUUAAAUCCCAAGACCAUAAUGAACUUCUGAUAUCUACUUUGAAGCUAAUGCAUAUUCAUAAUAUUGAAUAUUCAGUUGAAGCUUAUCUUCACAGUUGUAUUGUUAUAGAUUUAUCUUUAUUGUACAAAGGUCUCUAUAAAAUACCGUUCCCAGUGAUAUAAAGCUUAAACAGUGCAUGUGUGCUUUCUUUGUUGCUUGUUUGUUUUUGUUUAUUUUUUCUGAUAUGUAUCCAAAAUAAGCACAAAUAUGCUGUUCUCUGUACAAAGAUACAGACAUAUUGUGAUAUUGUAUCAACUGAAUCAGUAAUUGUAUGUUUUUUUUUUUUUUUUGUUUUUUUUUUGGCUAUUAUGACUACAGGCAUUGUAAUCUGUCCCUUUAUAAUGAGUGCACCGUUUGCGGAACGCUUUCAAAGCUACUACACAUCCCCUCCACAGUCUCUUGAUUAGAGUUUUAGCGUGCUUGGUUUGUUUUUUGACCAUGAUGCAGAGCUACAGUCUCAUAGAGUGCCUCAAACUUUGGUAGAUUUAAAUUAAAUUGCUGAUAAAUGUGGAUUUUUAAGCUUCCGCUGAGAUUUUAAAUAUGUUUUUAUACGAUUGACUGAAUAUCUGACCCGCAGCUUAAAUCCAGCAGUCAGAGUGUAUCGUGAAUUCUCCGCUUUAUUACUCAAAACAAUUACUCAGAAAGGAUUUGCGUGCCUUUAACUUUUCAUUUUGGCUGCUUUGAUCCCAGCAGUAUUGUCGGAACUGCUUUGAUUCUGCAGUAGUCAUGUCAGGUUGUGGGAAAAGGCGCUGGAAACUUUUAAUUCCUCAGCACAGCUCAGAGCUUUGACACUUGACAUGUUAGGGAAUAGAAUGUUAAUGACUGAACUGUAGUUGGCCUUGUUUAGUUUUCUGUACUGUAAAAAUGUGCAUAUUGUAUGUGCAUACCUCUCCUGCCAAGAAGGUUUAGGGAAUCAUGUUGUAUGUGUGUGUGUUCAAGGUAUUGAUGCAGCAGCUGGGUGGGAUUCGACACUGUGUGCAUCGAAGUAUGUAGAAUGUUGAAGGAAGCACAACAAUGAUGGUGUGCUGAGAUGGACUGUAUACUCACCUUUAUAUAUGUAAGCCUUUAAAUACUAGCAAGUCUGUUUUUCCAGUAUGAAACUAUGAAUUGAAUCACAAAGUGGAUACAUUUAGUUCAGAUAUCUCUGGUCACUCCAACUAUUGAUGAACACAACAAAAACUUUUAUCUCCAUUUUUGUUGUCUUUUUUUAAGAAUUUCAAAUUACCAGGUGUCUUUUACAUUCUGCAUUGUGUUAAAAUUACACAAUGAAUGGAUCAAUAGAAAUGACAUCAGGGGAAAAAGUCAUGUUCCAUGCAGUUUUGCCUUGGAGACACAAACUUGCCUUUGUUGCGA